ACUGAAUAUUUCAUGGCGUGGGGUUCUCCAGGGUGGCAGCAUUUCUUUGUUAUGUUGGGGAAAAAAAGCACCGUUUGGGAGAAAGCAGAGGCUGGGGGCGUUCUCGGGGUGCGUUCCCCUGCCGCUGAUUCAUGCUUUGUCGCUGGAAGGCUCAGCAGUGCGCACCCAGCUGACAGCCCAGAGGUGGGAUCAGGCCAGGCUUUGGUUAAUCCCCUCCCCGCGGCCAGGCUUUAUAAUCCCCUCGUGCCACCCGUCACAGCACCCAAGGGUGCCCGGUGCCGCCGGCAUGGCCCAGCAGCGCCGUGUCCACCUCUGCACCCAGCGCCCCACCAGCACCGUCUGCGUGCUGGGCACCGAGCUCUCCCUCGACGUCCUGGGGUCGGCGCCCAAAGAUGCCGUUGCCUUCCACGUGCAGGGGACGCCGGGCGUGAAGGUCUACGUGGUGCACGAGACGCAGAGCGUGAAGCUGCCCUCCAGCGUCGGCCGCUGGCCCCUGGCCCCCAGCACCGAGGUGCUGGUGACCAUGGAGGCGCUCAGCAAAGAUGUUGGUGAUGAAAAGGUCAGGAUUUCCUAUUUUGGGGAGGCCAGCGGGGUGCCGGUGGGCAGAGCCAUGCUGUACCUCACCUGCGUGGACAUCUCACUGGACGCCGACACCAGCCGCAGCGGGUCGGUGGGCAGGACGCUGGUGGACAAGGCCACAUGGACGUGGGGUCCCGACGGGCACGGCGCCAUCCUGCUGGUGAACUGUGACCGCGACGACCCCAAGAGCGGGGUGAUGGAUAACAGCGACACCGCCGUGCGCUCCUACGAGGACCUGAAGGACAUGUCGCAGAUGGUGCUGCGCACGCGUGGUCCCCGCACCAUCUUCACCGGCCACCGCCUUGUCCUCCACGUGGAUUUCGGCGAGGCUGACAAAGUCGGCGUUUUCUACGGCGGCAACAGCGUCUCGCUGGAGGAGUACAAGCACGUGCUGGGGGGUCAGAAGCUCGCCUACGCCGUGAAGCCCAGCCGGCACCAGGAGGAGAGCAUCUUCUUCGUGGAGGGGCUCUCCUUCCCCGACGCCAGCUUUUCAGGGCUGGUUUCCUUCCACGUCACGCUGCUGGAGAGCCCCGAGAAGGGCUUGCUGGAGAUGCCGAUCUUCACGGACACGGUGGUUUUCCGCGUGGCUCCUUGGAUCAUGACGCCCAACACCCUGGCGCCGCUGGAGGUCUUCGUGUGCAGUGUGGAGGACAACGAGGACUUCGUGGCGGCCGUCAGUGCCCUGGCCGAGGAAGCCAAGUGCCCCGUGACCAUCUGCCCACUGCUGGAGAACCGCAACGACCGCUGGAUCCAGGAUGAGGUUGAAUUUGGCUAUGUGCAAGCCCCCCAUAAGACGUUCCCUGUGGUCUUCGACUCACCCCGUGACCGAGGGCUGAAGGAUUUCCCCGUCAAGAGCAUCCUGGGCCCUGAUUUCGGGUACGUGGCUCGGGACGUGCAGAAGGACGCCUCCAGCCUCGACUCCUUCGGCAACCUGGAGGUCAGCCCGCCGGUGACGGUGGGGGGCAAGGAAUACCCGCUGGGCCGCAUCCUGAUCGGCAGCAGCUUCCCCAGGUUCGGUGGCCGGCGGAUGGCCAGGGCCGUGCGGGAUUUCCUCUUUGCGCAGCGGGUGCAAGCACCCGUGGAGCUCUACUCCGACUGGCUCCACGUCGGGCACGUCGAUGAAUUCCUCAGCUUCGUCCCUGCCCCUGAUCGGAAGGGUUUUCGGCUGCUCCUGGCCAGCCCCAGCGCCUGCUACCAACUCUUCAAGGAGAAGCAGGAGCAAGGUUUUGGGGAGGCAGCGAUGUUUCAGGGACUGCAGGCGGUGCCCAAGCCAACCAUCAACGAGAUCCUGGCUAACGAAGCGCUCCGGAAAUUCAACAGCUACGUGCAGAACUGCAUCAGCUGGAACCGGGACAUCCUGAAGCGGGAGCUGGGGCUGGCCGAGCAGGACAUCAUCGACAUCCCCCAGCUCUUCCAAGGCAACGAGCAAGCCCGCGCCAACGCGUUUUUCCCUGACAUGGUGAACAUGCUGGUGCUGGGCAGGCACCUGGGCAUCCCCAAGCCUUUCGGGCCACUGGUGGCCGGGCAGUGCUGCCUGGAGGAGCGCGUGCGGGCGCUGCUCGAGCCCCUGGGGCUCUCCUGCACCUUCAUCAACGACUACUACUCCUACCACGUCCUCUCCGGAGAGGUCCACUGCGGCACCAACGUCCGCCGCAAGCCCUUCGCCUUCAAGUGGUGGCGCAUGGUGCUCUGAGCCACCCUGGCUUUCCUCCUUUUUUUCCCCCAAAUCCUUCUCCCCAUUCCUGCAAGUGCCUUCAGCAGCGGUGGCCCCCCCCCACAGCUCCCUGUUGGAAAUAAAACCAGGGCUGCGGCUUGCUCCCAGCUUCCUGCCUCUUCCUGGGUGCUCAGGCUUGAAGUUUUGCUGUGAAUGGGGUGAUUUUUUUUUUGUAUUUAUUUUUUUUUGGACUCUGUGGUGCCCUUGGCACGAUGCUGUGGGCUGACAGCAGGUGGUGGGACAUUGGCAUUGCUCUCCCGGCACAGGAAUCGAAGAUCUAUCUAAAGGGUGCAGGGAAGAGAGUUUGGAGGGAUUAUGCAGUCCUGCUGCAGUGAUGCGUUGUGGAAAAGGGAUGUGGAUGUGUGCAAAAAAAGUCCCCAUACAUGCAUGCACAAAAAUGCACUUGCAGGCUCAUAAAAUAUACACGAAUGCACCAAAAAUAUGAAUGCCUAACACACGCGCGUGUACACAAAAUACAUGCACACAAGCACCCAUGUAAGCACACGUACACAUGCAUGGAAAAAAAAAUGCACAGAUGCGUGCCCAAAAACGAGUGCGUGGACAAGAGUACAGACAAAAAUACCUGCGUGGACAAAUGCACCCGAAGAAACGCAUGCACAAAAAUAAAUGCACGCAUGCACAAAAACCACACGCAUGCACACACAUGCACACACUGCUUUUUGCUUGCAAAAUCCCAGGGAGAUAGUGGAGAGCUAUUUUGGGGCUGAGCACCGUGUCAGCAGCAGGAUGGUGCCCUCUAACGGCUGCGGAUUUGCUUUUGGCGAUACUGGGGCAGGGCCCGUGUUGCAUUGAGCAUCCCAAUCCCUUCUGGUUAAAAAAACAAAGAAAAAGGGGGCAGGCAGAAAGGAGGGGAGAUGCCAGGGCAGGGUGCUGCGCCCAGCCAAAUAUUUGGGACUGGGGUGUGCAUCGGGGCCGAGGAGCGGAGCCAAGGGGUGUACACAAUGACGUUGUUUAUUUAAACAUUUACUCCAAGAAAUAUAAAAACAAACAUGAAGAAGACAAUUACAGCACUAAACCAGGAACCUGUCGUCUCACCUAAAAGGAACGCUGCUCAGAGAGCCUCGUGGUUUAUUAUUAUUUUAUUCUUCCAGCCUCCUCCUUCGCUCGCCCGCUGCCAGGACACAGCGGCACAUGGGGGAGAACAUCACCAGGAGCAUCGAUCCGAGCCUCAAAUAUUUUGUGUAAAAGCAGGACAAGCCCAAAUUGCUUUUGGGGGGUGAAAGUGGGUUUUUGCUGUUUUUUCCACCCCUAUCAUGCAGCAUCUGCAGCAUCCCCUCGUGCCCAUUUGGGGUAGGCAGCUGAUGGUGAUGAGCUUGAAAUAUUCAUCGCAAGUAGAAAAAAAAUUGGGGGAUAAGGCUAGAAAAGCCCCGCUGUGGGGUGCUGCAUGCUCCCACCUCCUCACCACCCAUUUUUGGAAGGGCUGGGUGCUUGCAGCAAAUGCUAGUAUUGCUCAAGAAAACAGAAUAUCCAACUUCUCCACCCUGCUGCUCUCCUUGUCCUGGAAGCUUUGACUCUAACACACUGAAACAAACCCCAAAAUAAACCCCAAAGCAAACAUAAAGAACCCCCUUUUAAUUCUUUUUUUUUUUUUUUUUUU